UGUCGCGCCGUAUUACGCGUGAAGAAGCGCCGAAGCAGAAGGGGACGACGGCGCCACAUUAGUAAACCCAAAAUGUCUCUCUGUCAUCAUCAUCAUCUUCUGAACGUGUCCAGCAGCUUGCAGAUGUGAGAGCUCGCUCCUCCUCGCAGCGUCUCCACUCGUCAACUUUUGUCUGGUGGGGCGUCGCGACGACGGAAGAUUUUUGCGCACCAUGAGCGAGUUUCGGAUCCAUCACGACGUCAACGAGCUGCUGAGCGUGUUGGACGUGCGAGGCGGCGACGGCGCAGAAGGUUAUAUCGACGUUCUGCAGAAGCACCGCACGCCCUACGUCACCACCACCGUCUCCGCCCACAGCUCCAAGGUGAAGCUCGCCGAGUUCUCCAAGACGCCAGAAGACUUCCUGAGGAAGUACGAGGAGCUGAAAUCGAAAAAUGUCCGCCACCUGGACCCGCUUGUCUACCUGCUGUCCCGCCUGUGCGAGGACCCGCAAGUCGGCGUUUUGGCCUGGCCGUCCCUGACCGCUCACCGCCGUGUGCAGACUCUGCAGCGUCUGCAGCAGAACGCCAAAGAUCGUUCGGAGGCCGGCGCGACGACGGCGUCCGCGGCGGCGCCGAGCUUCGUGGGCGCGGCGCAGAGCGGCUCCAAGAUGUCCAUGCGGGAGCUGGACGAGCUGCGCAAGAAGAUCGGGAACGCGGCGGCGGCGGCCAACGCUCCUCUGUCGGCCGAGGUGACGCGGAAGAUGCUGCGGGACAAGCACAACAAAAAGAACCCGGCUCAGCUCAAUCCCGUCUUUCCGGGCUGGGUGUACGAGCGGCCCGCCCUCCUGGGGGACUUCGUCGUCGGCCCCACACCGGCUGCCGAUCCCGCCGUGGGCGUGGCCGUGGCCGUGGCCGUGGGCACGCUGGCGCUGGCGGCCCAGGAGCAGCUGGUUCUGGAGGACCUGCUCUUCGUCCUGGUGGGCGUGGACGGGCGCGACGUGGCGGCUCAGCCGGUCCUGGGCCGCCAGAACCGCUCCUUCAUCGUGGACGCCACGCUGGACACGUCCGUCAAGGAGCUGGUGCAGCGGAUCCUCCCUGUGGCGUCCGACUACUCCACCGUCACGCGCUUCGUGGAGGAGAAGUCGUCGUUCGAGUACGGCCAGGUCAACCACGCCCUGACGGCGGCCAUGCGGACUCUACUCAAGGAGUACCUGAUCCUGGUCGCUCAGCUGGAGCACGUGCACCGGCGGGGCCUGCUGUCCCUGCAGAAGCUCUGGUUCUACCUGCAGCCCACCAUGAGGACCAUGGACAUCCUGGCCGCUAUCGCGUCGUCGGUGGACAAAGGAGAGUGCAUGGGCGGAGCCACGCUCAGCCUGCUUCACGACCGCACCUUCAACUUCACGGGCGACGCCCAGGCGCAGGAAGUGUGCCUGUACCUCACAAAGGCUGCCAGCGUGCCCUACUUUGAGACCCUGGAGAAGUGGAUCUACAGGGGCGUCAUCCGAGACCCGUACAGUGAGUUCAUGGUGGAGGAGCACGAGCUGCAGAAGGAGAACAUCCAGGAGGACUACAACGACAAGUACUGGGACCAGAGGUACACCGUCGUUCAGCACCGCAUCCCGUCCUUCCUGCAGAAGAUGGCCGACAAGAUCCUCAGCACAGGCAAGUACCUGAACGUGGUGCGCGAGUGCGGCCGUGACGUGACGUGUCCCGACGCCAAGGAAGUCCUGUACACGCUGAAGGAGCGAGCCUAUGUGGAGCAGAUCGAGAAGGCCUUCAACUACGCCAGCAAGGUGCUGCUGCACUUUCUGCUGGAGGAGAAGGAGCUGGUGGCGCGCCUCAGGUCCAUGAAGCACUACUUCCUGAUGGACAAAGGCGACUUCUUCGUGCACUUCAUGGACCUGACUGACGAGGAGCUGCGCAAGCCGGUGGACGACAUCGUCCCCCCGCGGCUGGAGGCGCUUCUGGAGCUGGCGCUGCGCAUGAGCACGGCCAACACCGACCCCUUCAAGGACGACCUCAAGAUCGACCUGAUGCCGCACGACGUCAUCACGCAGCUGCUCAGGGUGAUGGCCAUAGAGACCAAGCAGGAGAAGAAGAGCGCCGUCAACAACGCCGCGCCGGCCGACGCCGCGCUCAGUGGCCUGGAGGCCUUCUCCUUCGACUAUGUCGUCAAAUGGCCGCUCUCGCUCAUCAUCAACAGGAAGGCGUUGACCAUGUACCAGAUGUUGUUCCGUCACAUGUUCUACUGCAAACACGUUGAGCGUCUGCUGUGCAACGUGUGGAUCACAAACAAGCACGCCAAACACCACUGGUCGCACUCGGCCAAAUGGUUUGCGGCGGCGUUUGCGCUGCGUCAGCGCAUGUUGAACUUCAUCCAGAACAUCCAGUACUACAUGAUGUUUGAGGUCAUAGAGCCCACCUGGCACCUGAUGGAGAACAACCUCAAAACGGCGUCCAACAUCGACGACGUCCUGUUCCACCACACCAGCUUCCUGGAAAACUGCCUGAAGGACUGCAUGCUGACCAAUCCCGAGCUGCUGCGCAUCUUCUCCAAACUCAUGUCCGUCUGCGUCCUGUUCGCCGGACGCAUGCAGCGUUUCACUCAGACCUUCAAGCUGGAGCGCCUCUUGCCGGACGACCCGCCCGCCCGCGACGACGCCCGUCACUGUAACGGCCGCCAAGGGGCAAAGCCGGAGCAGGCGGACCCGGCUGCGCAGGUGUCCGACGCGGGCUUCGAGGCGUCCAUUGUUAGCUUUGACGGCAACUUCAGUGUUCUGCUCCUGGACCUUCUGGACAAACUCAGCAUAUUCAGCACCAACAACUGCGAGCACAGCAUGAUCAGCAUCAUAUACAGGUUGGACUUCAACGGCUUCUACACGGAGCGUCUGGAGAAGAUGGCGGUAGAGAGAAGUCACAAAGCGGCCGCGUAGGGAGGUCAUCGACACAGUGUCGCAAGGAGAACACGCAACGGCCGCAUCCUUCAAACAGAAACGCGACUGCCGAGCAGAAUAAAAACUUGGACGACA